ACCUUGUUCAUCUUGGUCAAAGAAUACAGCAGAUUUAAACAGAUACUCGUUAAAAUAGUGUACACUUUUCAAUGACGAUGCCAAAAUCAUUUUUGGUGCGAAAUUCAAUUCGUCCUCUUGAAGAACAGAUACAGGGAAUGGACGCUAUGUCUAGUGCGUUUCAGCUGGUGAUGCCAAAAAACGGAUUUUCUGAAUCGGAUAUUCAGCACACUCCUUUUGCCGCGUCCCUCCUUCAUCUCCGAGACCGCGCAUGGCCGGCACGUGCCGCACUUGACGCCGAGAAAAUCAGUACGAUUGGAGGAAAUUUUACAGCAUUCAGACCGUGGCAGGAAAGGAAGGACGACGGCAGUGAUGCUGAAUCAGCUUAUGCUUUCCCGUUGAGCCUGAUACCUUUUAUGCAUAACGGUUGGACAGGAGGUCUUGGAAUGGACGCUAGGUACCUCCUGCAAAACGUCCUGCUGUCCUACAAUUACUUUGGCGGCUACCCGUUCCGUCAGCCAUUCCUUCCUAGUGUCACUAACAACAAGGAUACGUGCACCGAAGACCAAGACAGUCUCCAGGGAAAGAUAUCGCCAGGAGAGUGCGCAAGCACAUACGAAUGUGCCAAGUGCAACAAACUUUUCAGUACGCCUCAUGGACUGGAGGUGCACGUGCGGCGAUCUCACAGCGGCACGAGACCCUACGCUUGUGACGUAUGCAACAAAACGUUCGGUCAUUCGGUCAGUCUUGACCAACACAAGUUCGUUCACACCCAAGAGAGAACAUUUGAGUGUAAACAGUGUGGGAAGGGUUUCAAACGUUCGUCCACUUUGUCUACUCACCUCCUUAUCCACAGUGACACCCGACCCUACCCAUGCCCGUACUGCGGCAAGCGGUUCCAUCAAAAGUCCGACAUGAAAAAGCAUACCUAUAUCCACACAGGUGAGAAGCCUCACAAAUGUCUGCAGUGCGGUAAAGCCUUCAGCCAGUCGUCCAACCUCAUCACACACAGUCGGAAACACACAGGGUUCAAGCCGUUCGCAUGCGACAAGUGCGGACGUGCAUUCCAGAGGAAAGUCGACCUUCGACGCCAUGUUGAAACUCAGCACAUGAGCUUGGACCGAAGUUUAGGACAAUCUCUGAUGUUGCCAUUCCACAUUCAAGGACGACAGUAGAAUGACAAUAGAUAUGUUGUGUCGUAUAAUUAUCUCAUCACUUGGACACGACAGUAGGACGGGUCAUCUUUCGUUGUGGCACGGUUCCAUACUGAUACAAGAUAGCACAGGAGAGCAAGACCUUCGUCGGGACAAAGUUGCAAAGACGCUUGAGUGAUCAGCGGAGUGUUUUAGCAAAGCAUGUCCUACUGUCUAGUGACAUUGUCUGUGAUGUUGUGUUAUAGUGACUCGGCUAACCUGAAUAAUUGUGAUAUUGGUCUUGAUUUUUUCCUUUAUGUAAUGUCAAGAUGAGCACUUUAAAAAUGAUAUAAUCCGUGAUACAACGUAUAAAGUUUCAUGUAAAUUUGUACGAUAGGCAGGAAAAAAGUCUUGGUGAAUAGACCGGUAGCGUAUUAUCAUAUUUAUUGAAUCUAGUCAGAGUGUGUUGUGGUGUUACAUUGUUAAAGUGAAUUUUUGCGGUCUAGAAAAUUUCGCUCAUUCAGCGUUGGUUAAAACAGCGCGAAAGUGUCUAUACCCAAAUGUAUUGACAUGUUAUGGUGUAUAAUAUACAUUGUAGAAGCAUUGCCCACGCGAAAAUUACACACUUUAAAAUGCCUUAUGAAUCAAAGCGUGAUGACACAUGUACAAGAGAAUAUUAUUAAAUUAAUUAUUCUUAUUUCUCUUUUCGCUUUCACAUUUGACAUAUCCUCUGGUCAAAAGCCGUGUUACAGUACAUAUAUUUACAUAUCUCCAACAGCUAAUAAUAGAAUCAGUUGUUUCCUCUUUGUUGAUCGUUUCCCUUUGAUUCUGCUAUUCUUCGCCAUUCAUCUGAAUGCUCAUUCUCCUGUCUAUAGAUAUGUCUGUAGAAUAUGUUUAAGUGGAAAGGGCAGGAAUAAGUUUUAAAAACGUGUGUCCUUUCCUAUUGUUAUUUAUGGUAAUUAAAUGUUUGAAUUAAGUUAAGACGCUUGAACUAGCGGAGCUAUCAACCUUUGAAGUGUGGUAUAAAUAGCUAGUGUCUUAUCGUUACCAUUGUUUUGAACAUGCACUGUAAGACAUUGUUGUUCGCUAACAACUUAUGAUAUAUGUGUGCAGUGUAUAUGGACAUUAAUUAAUAUGUCUUUGUCACUAUUACUUGUAGUUUUCUGUAAGUAAACA